AACCCCGUACCGAAAAAACUCCUAUCUCAAACUAAUUUCCGUAGGAUGGGAAGAACUCUAUACACAAACCAGAAAAAAUACGAUUUUGUUGAAUCGAGAACAAAGGUUCACUUGGUGAGGGGAGAGGGUUUUGAGUAUUUGAUAUUGGAGAUAGACGGCAAUUGAGAUUUUUGGUCGAGGGUCUGCUUGAGACGGGUUUUUUGUCAACAACGUUCCUUUUUUCUCUCAUCGAGAAAAUUGUCAAAAGGAAAAAAUUACAAUAAAAUGUGGUGUCUCGUUGUUCAGCCGUCAUCAGUUGUGUUGGAAAUUCAUGUUCCUGCAAAGGCAAAAGGUCAAGAAGUUCUGGAAAAAGCAUGCGAACAGAUUGGUAUAAGAGCUGAGAUGGAUUACUUUGGGCUGAAGCAAACCACAGCUAAAGGGGAAGAGUUCUGGCUAAAUCUGCGUAACCCUAUUGAGCGUCAGGUGUUGGGAGUACAGCCGUUCAGGUUUUUGCUGAGAGUCAAGUUCUGGGUUCCUCCUCAUCUUGUUCUUCAGCCGACUACCAGGCACAUAAUGUACACCCAGAUGAGGCAAGAGCUGCUUGAUGGUAAAUUGGAAACAUCUGAAGAAGAUAGGGAAUGUUUAUCACCAUUCAUAAAUGAAGCUGAUUCUGCUCUAAAUAUAGAAAAAGAAAAGGCUGAAUAUUGGGCUUUAAAGGAAGCCUCAAUGUUGGAAGGUUUUGGGGAAGAGACUUAUUGUUUUAAAAACUUCAAGGUGGGAAUAGGCCCUAAUGGUGUUAACAUAUACCAACCUGAAAGGAAAGGGAUUCCAUACAGUGCCAUCAGAAGUGCCUCUAAUCAACGGAGAUUAUUCCAAUUAGUUUACCUCGAUGAAGAUCAUAAUGAUAAGACCUUGGAGAUAAAGUGUGAUUCUAACUCUUCUGCAUCCAGCCUAUACAGAGCCGUGACAGAGAGACAUGACUUCUAUUCUUGUGACACAGUUCGUGGUGCUGUAACUUCUCAAUAUAUUAGGGAUUUGAAGGGUACAAUUGCUUCAAUAUUCAAUGAAUCAACCCCUUUGGGAAAGAAGUACGUUUUUGAUUUGCGGCUGACUUGUCGAGAGGUACAUGAUAAUGCCAGGCGGGCUCUAUAUACACCAGUAGAAGGAAAUUCUUCCCAAAGCCAGUCGAAAAAACCCAAUGACAAUGAAACUUUGAAAAGGCUUUUACGUGCAACAACCUGUGCGGUGUGUAUGGACCAGCAGAUGGACACUGUGUUCUUCCCUUGUGGUCAUGUGGUAUGCUGUGCAGUAUGUGCAGAAAAGUUGGAGACUUGCCCAUUGUGCAGAGCUGAGGUGGAAGAUGCUCGUAAAGUCUAUCUACCUACAAGGGAACUAGCUUAUGAAGCGCUUCACACUUUAUAGCUUCACUUUAUCAAAAUCAUUCAUUUUUUUUUUUUUAUAGUAAGCAUCUGGUUUUAUUUAAAUAGGACAUGGUGUUACAUUAAACCUUAAAAUUAAAUUCUGACCCAGUUCCAUAGACAUUGUUAGUCUGACCAGUCUGUCAGUAACAAUUUUAUGUGACUAUAAUUUUUUUUAUAACUUUUUUAUUUUUUGUAAAAAAUGUACUAAUGAGUAAAAUUCUAACAAUAUAAAUGUACAAUGUUCAUAUAUAUUUUUUUGUGAUUUGAACUUUUUACCCAACUAUAUUGUGUUUUUCAUAAUUUAUAUUUAAAAACCAUAUUUAUUUGAUUAAUUAAUAAAUUACAAAUUAAUGAAGAAGAAACAGUUUUAGUGUUUGUCUUAAUAGAUUGAUAUCUAUUAAUAUUCUGAUCAUGAUCAUAAUCAGUUCUAUGUUUCUUGAUUAAUUAACACUUUGACUGCGGGAGCUCAUUCAGGAGUUUCUGCCAUACGUUGCAUCCUGAAAGCCACAAAGACUUCCAAAUAAAGUGAUUUUUUUUUUUGGCAUAAAUUUGUUUUAAAUGCUAUUUUGAGUCUCCCUGCAAGAUCUUAGAUUUCAAAAAUGCAUUUUAACGUUUUUAUACAACUUAAAAAAAACGGGAUAUAUGCCUUGCAACAGGCUGUACAUGGCAACGCAAAAUUAGAGCGGCGACCCCGCAACACUUUGCAUUCUUGCGUAUUUGCUCAUUUUUGAACAGCAAAAUAACUGAAAAUAAUCAAAAAAAUAACUGUAAGUGAUCAUCAAAAUUAAAUUAUAUUAUUUCUAAUAAAUUAUAUAUUUAUUUGUACUUACAAAUUAUUUUCUUACUUUAAAAAGUUCCAUAUUGAAAAUAGCACAGUUAUAAAUUUUAUUACUCCACUUACAUUUAUUUUGAGUUUUUAAACACUUUUAUGUUAUACGAAAGAUAUAUAUUUAUUUAUACAUAUAUAUAUAUAUUGUUUUUAGGUGGAUGGAAAACUGAUAAAACAACUAAAGCAUCAUUUUAAUUCUUUAUAUUUUUACAUUUAUUAUUAAAUUUUAAUUUAAGGGAGUGGGGUAGCUCAGUGGUAGGUCCCAGGUUCGAACCCCGGCUGAUGACAGAAAAUUUAUUUAUCUGUUUCAUUGGCCGUGGGGCGACCCUGGGUUGGGAGACCCUCCUGGGGCACACCCAGCCUCUAUAAAGUGGGUACCCUUAAUUAAAUAAUUGAUUAAGGGGGAAAACCUGGUGGUUGAGCGUGUUCAAAUCACCUCCUUGCACAACCAUUGACCUAGAAACCGUGUUUUCCCUAAAUAGUACUGAACCCCAGACCUUCAUGGGUUGUAGUGGUACAGGUUUUUAUAUAUAAAUAGAAACUUACAUUUGUGUGUUUAGUAGAAAGAGAUUCAUGUGUACCAAAAUCAGCAUUCAGACAAAACCAAAAUAAUAAGAAAUUAUAAAAUUAAGUUAUUAACAUUUAUUUUAUGUAUACAAUUUUUAAAUAGAAUAUAAAUAAGAUCAUGGAUAUGACACAAAUAACAGAGAAUGGACAUAUCUUGGGUUCAGAAUAAAUCUGCAACUGAUAGCUUCCAAAUGGUCAGAAUCCAGAACGACUGCUCUGAGUUAGCUACAGGGGACUAAUGAAUGCACAUAUCAAGCCACAAGUCAAAUGGUAAAGGUGGGACUUGCCCAUACCUGUUUAAGUGGCGACCACCCAGGCGGGAAGGCAUAUAUUCCAGCCGCACCAGUGACCCAACUCACUACCAGGAAGGCAUAUAUCCCUUCCACACCAGUGACCCAACUCUUAACGGGAAGGCAUGUAUCCUGUCUGCAGUCAAAGGGUUAAUGCCUGUUUAUGAUCAUGGUCAGACUAUGCUUUUGAACUUGUGCUGCAGACCUACAUUUUCUCUACUUGUUUAAUUUAACUUAAUCAUCUUGUAUAAGCUAUUAUUGCAUUAAUAUUUGUUCAUUUACAGAUAGGCUCUUUGUUAAUAGAAAGAUAAUUUUAUUUCUAUCGCUACAAACUAUGCUAGUUGUUUUGUUUCAUCAAGAAUACUUUUCAUAAGGAAUCAAAAUUAUUUGAUUAUACACUGAAC